AUGUCCAAACAACCUACAAUCACUGGAUUUUUUAAAAAGUCAGCUGAAGUUUUAGUUGCAGAAAACGAGAAAGUACCAGAACAAGCAGAACCCCAACCGGAAAAUGCAGGUGAACAUAGCGAACGUGUCGAAACCAACGAAAUUGACGAAGCUGCAGGUCCAUCGACAGCGGCUGAUGUGAUUGACAAGCCAACGAUCUGGACGGAUAAAAUGUGGCACGAAAAACAACAACUCUACCCAUGGCUACAGUGUAAGAAUGGAAAACUUGGGUGCAGUUUCUGUAUUUCCGCAAAAGAUCUUGGUCCGCACAGAACACAAGGCCGUUACCUGAGUACAGAAUGGCAAGCAACAAGCGUGACAUAUUACGGGAAUUCGCAAGAAGCUAGGUUAACUUCACUCCGUAAAAAAAUUUACAAACAUUUAAACAGCGAUGCACAUAAACUAGCAGAAGAGAUGGUGAAUCAGCAGAAGAAGAACAUCAUGCCUGCGCAUAUAGACGUCAUGAAUACUGAAUGGUUAGAUACAACAAAAAGAGUUUUUCACACGAGCUAUUAUAUAGCAAAGAAUGAUCGACCGUUAAACGAUAUCGAAGGGUUAGUUGACUUGCAAAUUCAUAAUGGGCUCAAUAUGGGGACUGGGCUGCAUUCACGAUCUUCUGCAACUGCUAUAAUUGACCAUAUUGCAUAUGAGAUGCGUUCCACAAUUUGCAAGACCAUCAAUGAAAACAAAGGGAAAGUGUCUAUUCUGAUCGACAAGUCUACUACUGUGUCUGGUAUUUCAACACUGAUAAUUUACUUAAAAGCUCAACUCGAAAGGUCAGGAGAAGCACAAUUCUUGUUUCUGGACUUGGUGGAGUUGACAAAUGGUCAAAGUGCAAAAGAGGUUCAUACAGCACUACUUGCUUGUUUAAAACGGCAUGGGUUUGACAUGGAUUACUUGCAAGAACAUUUUGUUGCAUUUACAACAGACCGAGCUAGUGUCUUGACUGGAAAGAAGUCGGGAGUCAUGGAGCUACUUAUGAAUGAUUUUCCAAAUCUCAUCACCUGGCACUGUUUGAAUCAUCGCCUAGAACUUGCGGUUGACGAUGCGAUUUCAGAAUUGAUGGGAAUAAACCAUUUUAAGAUUUUUGUUGAAAGACUGUAUUCAAUUUACAGCCAAUCGCCCAAAAAUGUGCGCGAACUACGAGAAGUUGCUAAAAGUCUAGAUGUCCAGCUUCUAAAGAUCGGUAAGGUACUGAGUACGAGAUGGGUUGCGAGUAGUCACAGGACGGUUUUGGCAGUUUGGAACAACUACGAAGCACUCUGCAAACACUUCAAAGACAAAGCAGCUGAAAAAGGAAAGAAUUCAACAAUGUACGAGGGGUUAAACAAGCGAAUCCAGUCGGAGGAAUUCUUGUUGGACUUGGCACUCAUGUGUGAUGUUCUUUUUGAGCUUUCUGAGCUCUCCGGGGCCAUGCAACACCGUUCAAUGAACAUUGUCAAAGCCGACAGAUGUAUCAAGCGGUCCAUGAGAAGCAUCGAAACAUUGAAGCGCAAGACUGGAACAAAGUUGAUGAUAGCCAAGGAUGCGGUCAAGGAAGGAAAAUUUGGCACUGUACCGCUAGUUUCCAAUGGUAGACAUGUCAAUAUUGAUGCUAAUGCACUAAUAGACAAAUUGCUAGAUGCAAUGAAAGAUCGUCUUUUGCCACAUGUGCCUCUGGAACUGUUCGCGAAAGAUCUUGAUCUAAAUUAUGGCGAGGAAGAGGUACGAUCAUUGUGCGAUCGGUUUUCCCUUUCAAGAAGUUCAACAGUGCCUGUGUUCCAAGACUAUGUUGAUAGUCAAGGGAGACGAGUACCUGACGAUCUCCAACCUCUAUUGAGAUGUUGCUCCUGUAUCCCGGUCUCAUCGGCAGAAUGCGAACGUGGGUUUAGUCAAAUGAACUUGGUUUGUACGUCAGUAAGAAAUCGCCUACUUGUUGAACGAAUAUCGAAUUUAAUGUUUAUUAAACUUGUUGGUCCUCCGAUUAAUGCUUGGAAUCCAGAAAAAUAUACUAAGUCCUGGCUGCGAAAACAUCAUUCGGCCAAUGAUGAAAGAGUAAGAAAGCGAAAGUUAGAGGAAGAUGCUGAAAGUCAGCAGGAGCAAACAGCCGCAAAACAACGACUUUGGCAAUUACUUUAG